GUUUUAUAUUCCCUCUUUGCCGCUGGUUUUGGGGGUCGGGGUGUUCUGCUGCGUUCUUGUGACUCGGAAAGGAGCAGUCUUUGUGGUUUUUACGGUAUAUAGGUGCGGGGGGAGUGGGAGGGAGUGAAAAAGAUGAUAUUUUCCCGGGGUUUUGUUGUUGUUUAAGAGGUUAUGUGUUGAUGACUUUGUUGGUUUGUGAGUUUCAUGGUUUUUACUGUUGUUUUCUUCUUCUUGUUGUUGUUUUGGUUUGAAAGGGAGGAAUCCUGACACUUGUUUUUAAGAAUUCUAGUUGUUUGUUUCGAUGACAUUCUCUGGUUCUGAAGGUUUGUGAAACUCUUGAUCUUUUUGUAAAUCUUUACCGGUUCAAAGUUUUGUGGAUUGGUCUUCUUAUUUGGGAGUAUUUUGUAUUUUGUUGUCGCUCUUCACUUCUUUUUCUGGGGCUAAGCGUUGAAAUCUGAGAUUUUACAUUGAGAGUUAUGCUCUUUUUUUUUACUGUUAUUUUCUCUUUUGUAUCAUAAUUAGGUUAAUGGGCUUUGGAUUUUUUAGAUCUUUUGGAAAAUCGAAAUUCUCUCCUCUUGUUCCCAAUCUUGGGUUCUAGGGUUCAUCUGCUGGGUCUUCGUCUUGUCACUCGAAUUGACAAACGGCCCUUGAAUCUAUUUAUUUGAUCGACUUUUCUAAGAACCGAUUCUUGAGGUUUAGAUUGGGGCUCUUUUUCUGUUUGGCAUAAGGAUCAGCGGAAGCGGAUACCCGUAAGCUUGGAUGCUAGAGUUUGGUUUCGCAAGAUCUUCUUUGUCUUUUGAGAAGCGGGUUUGCUGUGCGACACUCCGGAGAGCUUGGGAUCUUCCGAUCAAUGGAUUGAAUGAAGCUUUCUAGUUCAGAUGUUAAGAGCAUUGUGCCAUGGGGUUCUGAUUUUUUCCCUCUUGCUCUCUGCAUCCGCCAUUGAGAUCGGACGCUGCAGCUGCGAUGUUGACAGCCUCUGGAGCAUCGAGACCAUCCUCCAAUGUCAGAAAGUGAGCGACUUCUUGAUCGCGGCGGCUUACUUCUCAAUUCCCCUCGAGCUUAUCUACUUUGCGGCAUGCUCCAACCUCAUCCCCUUCAAAUGGAUCGUAUUCCAGUUCGGGGCCUUCAUAGUCCUCUGCGGACUGACCCACCUGCUCAACGUCUUCACCUACGAGCCCCACUCGUUCCUUCUGAUGCUGAGCCUCACUGUUUCCAAAUUCUUCACCGCGCUCGUCUCGUUUGCGACGUCGAUCACCCUCUUGACCUUGAUCCCUCAGCUCCUGAGGGUGAAGGUGAGGGAGAACUUCUUGAGGAUAAAAGCCUGGGAGCUGGACAGGGAAGUUGGAAAGAUGAAGAGGCAGGAGGAAGCCAGCUGGCAUGUGCGAAUGCUGACCCACGAGAUCCGCAAGUCGCUCGAUAGGCAUACGAUCUUGUACACCACUUUGGUCGAGCUCUCGAAGACAUUGGGGCUGCAGAAUUGUGCUGUAUGGAUGCCUAAUGAGAAUAAAAGGGAGAUGAACCUGACUCAUGAGUUGCGACAGAGAAACUCAUCCAGUAUGUACAGUUGCGCGAUCGCCAUUGAUGAUCCGGAUGUGAUGGAGAUUAAAGAAACCAAAGGUGUGAAGAUACUGCGGCCAGACUGCGUGCUUGCCUCUGCAAGCAGCGGAAGUAGGCUUGAACCUGGAGAUGUGGCUGCUAUACGAAUGCCGCUGUUGAAGGUUUCCAAUUUCAAAGGUGGGACACCAGAGAUUGUUGAAGCAAGCUAUGCAAUACUUGUUUUGGUCCCCCCUAGAGAUGAUUCGAGGGUUUGGAGCUCCCAGGAACUAGAGAUUGUUGAAGUAGUGGCUGAUCAGGUUGCUGUCGCCCUCUCUCAUGCAGCUGUUUUGGAGGAAUCACAGAUGAUGAGAGACAAACUGAUGGAGCAGAACAGGACUUUGCUGCAUGCGAAGCAGAGUGCCAUGAUGGCAAGCGAAGCAAGGAACACAUUUCAAAGAGCCAUGAGCCAGGGAAUGAGAAGACCCAUCCACUCCAUCUUGGGUAUAUUGUCGAUGAUGCAACAUGAAAAAUUGAGCCAAGAACAAAGGCUUGCAGUUGAUACGAUGGCAAAAACCGGCAGUGUCAUUUCAACAUUGAUUAAUGAUGUUAUGGGCACAUCUACUAUUGACAACGAGCGCUUAUCUUUGAUUAUGAGACCCUUCCAGCUGCAUUCCAUGAUUAAGGAAGCUGCGAGUGUUGCAAGAUGUCUUUGUGAUUGUAGAGGUUUUGGUUUUGCAUUUCAGGUUGAUAAUGCAGUGCCCGAUCGGGUUGUUGGGGAUGAGAAGCGGAUUUUUCAUGUAAUAUUGCAUAUGUUAGCUACUCUAUUAAAUGGGCGUGAUGAAGGAUUUGUCACAUUCCGGGUGCUAAGCUAUAAGGAGGACAAGGAUGGUCAAGUUCAGGAAUGGGUUCCAUGGAAAUCAAGAUUUUCUGAUGGAUAUGCCUGUGUGAAGUUCGAAGUUAGGAUUAAAAAAUCUCAAAGUGAUGAGCCAAGUUCAUCAACAGUUCAACUUGCUCCAAAGCCCAAUUCUGAAGGGUUUGAGAUGAGCCUCAACUUCAACCUAUGCAAGAAGUUUGUGCAGAUGAUGCAGGGAAACAUUUGGGCAGUUCCAAAUUCCCAAGGCAUUGCAGAAAGCAUUACGCUUGUCAUCCAAUUCCGGCUGCAACCUCUCACCUCAGCCUCUGAUGUGGGAGAAGCCUCAGGUCUCUUGCAUACAUCUUCAGCACCUAAUUUCAAAGGCCUUAGAGUUCUCUUGGCUGAUAACGAUGAUUUCAACAGAGCUGUUACUCGAAUGCUCCUUGAGAAGCUUGGUUGCUGUGUCUCCUCUGUCGCAUCUGGCAUCGAAUGCCUAAGCUCCUUUAGUACUGCCGCUACACCUUUCCAACUCGUAAUCAUGGACCUCGACAUGCCUAAAAUGGAUGGUUUCGAAGUAGCAAUGCGAAUCCGAAAGUUUAGGAGCAGGUGCUGGCCUUCAAUUGUGGCUCUGACUGCGAGCGCCGAGGAUGAUGUUUGGGAGAAGUGCUUGCAGUCUGGGAUGAAUGGUCUGAUCCGAAAACCAAUCACUCUGCAGGCCAUGAGAGAAGAGCUCUACAGAGUCCUACAUAACACCUAGGUAAGUAUAGUUCUCCAUUCCGGGGAGGAGAGCAUCGUUAGCUCCCAUUCUCCAUUUACCCCACGAAAAAAUAAAAAAAAUGAGUCUCCUCUCUGGGAUUAAUGCAGCAGAGAUUCUGUUUUGGAUUAACUGGGACUUUGGUAGUACCAUCAUUAUACAAGUUGUUUGCACACAGAAGGCGAAUACAAAAUUCGGAUAGUGAUUUUUCAUUUAGCCAUAUGUGAACAUAUUAUGCUCUUAAAACUGAAGAUCAAAUGCAGAUAAUAGCCCCAA